AUGUCAUUUAUGCGCCGCAUGCAACCCGCAAUGUUUUGUUUCUCUAUUUGAAAGCAUCGCUAUACAAAUGGAGAAAUUAUCCAAAGCCUACACAAGUAUGCGUUGAUCAGGACUACCUUGUGGACACCGCGUCUACCGUACUGGAACGAAAAAUAAGGGAUUUCUCUUCAGGUACUACUUGAUGCUUUCCUGGGUUGGGAUUUUCUCCCCGGUGACAGAGACAAUCUCCGCACAUCUUCACUGGCCCUCGCUUCCCUACCAUGGCCCUGGUGACGCUGCAGCGCAUCCCCGUCUCUAACGCAGCAUCCUCGGCUAGCAUCAGCACCAGUAACACCGGGGAGGGUUUUGGGAAUGAUGACGACCAGACAAAUAACCAGAGCCUCCUCCAGACCAGCUUCGUCAUGGUCAAGGGAGCCGCUCUCUUCCUGCGGCAGGAGGGCUGUGGGAACCGACCUCUGACCCCAACGCACCACUCGUUCACAGGUGACUUAAUUCAACACCUGGAAGUCAUGAUGAAGAUGCUUCGGUCUGAAGAUAGCGUUAGACUGGCCGUUCGCUUGGAGAGCAGCUGGACGGAGCGCGUGCGCUACCUGCUGGUGGUCUACACACACGGCUGUCAGGACGCAGAGGAGACCGUGCUGCUGGGCGUGGACUUCCUGUCGGAAACAGACAGUAAGACGUGCUCCGUGGGGCUGGUGCUGCCGCUGUGGAGCGACACGGCGGUCCGCCUGGAGGGGGAGGGAGGAUUCAGUGUAAGCACCACAGGGGGGCGGUGGCACCUGUUCAAGCCUGUGUCUGUCCAAGCCAUGUGGUCCGCCCUGCAGGUCCUCCACAAGGCCCAGGAGGCGGCCUGCCGCUACCACCACUACCCGGGCAGUGGGGCCCUCGCCUGGACCGGCUUCUACGACAGCCGCGUGUCCUCGGAGCAGAGCUGCGUCAACGAGUGGAACGCCAUGACGGAUCUGGAGUCCAUACGGCCGGACUCACCCGCCAUGGCGGUGGACCAGCCCACCGAAAGGGAGAGGACGGAGUGUUUGAUCAAAGCUAAGCUACGUAGCAUCAUGAUGGACCAAGACCUGGAGAAUGUUACAUCUAAAGAGAUCCGCAGCCUGCUGGAGCAGCACAUGAGCUGCAGCCUGAAGGAGUACAAGGAGUUCAUGGAUAAGGAGAUGCUGCUGGUCUUGGGCCAACUGGAUAAAGCCACGCUCAUCUUUGACCACCUCUACUUGGGAUCAGAGUGGAACGCCUCCAACCUAGAAGAACUUCAAGAUUGUGGGGUUGGGUACAUCUUAAACGUUGCUCGGGAGAUCGACAACUUCUUCCCGGGGACGCUGUCCUACCACAACGUGCUGGUCUACGACGAGGAAUCCACGGACCUGCUGGCGCACUGGAACGACACCUACAGCUUCAUCGCCAAGGCCAGGAAGAACCAUUCCAAGUGCCUGGUGCACUGCAAAAUGGGCGUGAGCCGCUCAGUGGCCACGGUGGUGGCCUACGCCAUGAAGGAGUACGGCUGGGCUCUGGACGAGGCCUUCAACUACGUCAAGCAGAAGCGCGCCGCCGCCCAGCCCAACACCGCCUUCAUGCGGCAGCUGGCGGAGUACGAGGGGAUCCUGAACCCUAGCAAGCAGCGGCGCAACAAGGGCUGGCGGUCAGAGACGGACCCGGAGACCUCCGACGACGGGCAGGCGUCGGGCGCCGGCGACGCCCUGGAGGUCUCGGGGGAGGAGACCCCCGUGCUCACCAGCUCCUCCCAGGAGGAGGAGGAGGCGUGGGGCUGCUCCAGCGGCAUGAGCCUUGAGGUGGAGCCCCUGGACCCCCUCAACUACAACUACUACUUCCGGCGGCUGUCGGACUCGGCGCUGGAGAGCGGCCCCUCCACGCCGGUGCGGGGCCCCCCCCUGCUCGGCAUGGAGCGCAUCUUCAUCGAGAUCGAGGACGUGGAGCGCGACGCCCUGCUGGAGGACGAGGGCUUCCCCGUGGCCCACCUGGCGCCGGCCGGCGAGGGCACGGCGGCGCAGACCUCCUGCGGCCGCCUGGACCCCAUGGAGGACGUGAGGCUGCGGCUGGAGUUCAGCACCCUGGAGGAGGAGGACGAGGAGGAGGCGCAGAAGGAGGAGGAGGAGAUGGCCGCCCUGGCCCGGGGGACCGGGGCGGCGGCGGCGGCGGCGGCGGGGGGGGAGGAGUCGGAGGGCCGGUUGGGCCUGGCCAACCUCAACACCAAUAACAGCAACCGUCUGGCCGGCAAGCGCAGCUGCCCCGCCGCCUUCGACGACAGCCUGGGCUCCCAGAACCCCUUCAAGGUGAAGCCGUCCUACCAGUCGUGCGCCGAGUGCCUGCGCCUCCCCCAGGGCUGGCUGUGCGACCGGCCCGGGGCGGGGCGCACCCACCGCCUCUACACCUCCCGCCACGGCGCCGUGCCCUCCAUCACGCUGGACCCCCCCGGGACCACCACCACCACCACCACCACCACCACCACCCCCACCACCUCUUCCUCCGCCGCCGCGCCCAUCUCCGUCAGCUGCACCCUGCCGUGCGGCCAUCGCUGCAGAUGCGCCACGUGCGUCCAGGGCGUCUGCGUUUCCCCGGCAACGGCAGCAGCAGCAGCAGCAUCGGCGUCUGCCGCAGACGCGUCGUCCCGGCCGGAGGUCCCCGACGGAACACAGGAGAUCCAGUACGAGGGGGAGGAGGGAGGUUCAGGCCGCACGGAGCUGGCUGGCGACCGGCUUGUGUGUGUGGGGUCAGCGGCGCGCUCCGCCCUCCAGGACGGCUCCCUGUCUUGUUCCCUCGUCAAGUAGAGCCCACUGGGUGUGAGCGUGUGGGUGUGCACGUUGCCACCUUGAAGAGACACUUUUUCUCAAAACUUUGAUAGCGGAUGAGAGCGUUUCCUUGGCCGCCCCACGACGACAAAGAGGCUGAACAUUUCUGGCUGUAUACCGGAUACGUAUACGGUGUACAAAACGUUGAAAAAAUAAGUAGUCCAAAUUCUGUGUAGGAGCUCAAGGAGGGGCGUUGAACUGCGAGUCCAUCCCAGCAUCUCCAGUGAUCUGUGAUCAUCUAGUCAUUCCCGGACGCCCUCAUCCUUCUCCAUGAGAUGUCAACCAUUCGACAAAGGUCCUCUUGUGUCUAAGCUUUCUGUGUGGCUCUCAGGCGGCUCCGUCCGUCGAUGCAUCAACUGUGAUCGCGUGGUACGCCAAAAACCCGAUAAACUUGAAAAUAAAUCCAAAUUGGUCUGUAGGCUAUCGAACACACUGUCGUGCGGGCCCCGCCCGGGGGGGAAACAGGGGACGUAAUCCUUCAUGUGAUAUUGUCGACCGAUUUGCAGUGAGCAGUGCAUUGUGGGACAUGUGGGAGUGGUUGACUCGUUCAUCUGAGCGCCCUACACACACUGAGGCGAUGGAAGAGUGGCGAACUCGCCACUCUUAUAUCGGGUAUAUCGGGACUCUUGAAUGCCGCGAGUCGUGUUACCUCUCCUAAGUAGGAUAUACUUAUGGGGGAAAGCUGCUUGAGAAAGUUGGCUUCACUUCACGUUGAAGUGGAUUUUUUUUCCUAAUUGAAAUAUUGACUAUUGUCAUGUCGCCAUAUCCCAGAUGUUAAUUCAGUAGUGAGCACGCCAUGAUGAUCCUCAUCAUAUUUCUUUUGUACACCUUGAUAUUCACUUAUAUCCUUGCAUCAUAUGCAUGCUGUGGUCUUUGGAGAGGAUAUGAAGGUGAUGAAUAAAUACGAUUAUUUAAGUAUUUAACAGGUAUUUCCUAUUUUAUGCUCUUUGUUGAAGGGAAUGUAAAUUUCAACUUAAUCAUUUUCAAAUAUUGUCAAAUUUGAUUUAUCAAUGCUUGCAUAAUGUACUUCAAAUGUACAUUAUUAGACAAGGGGUUUAAAAAUAAUGUCUCUUUUUAAUAUUUCUAGAAACUAUAUACCAUGUUUGUUUUGAGAUAUUGUCAAUCACUUCAUAAUAAAACAUGCAAUAGGCAACUUAUUAACCACAAGCAGGAGUGUUGAAACAUGUGUUUAAACAAGAUGGCUGAAGGAAAUCAAUAUCAAACACAUUUUUUAAAUAAGCAGUUCAAAUCAAAACAGAAGAUGUAACGCCUGAGCUCUCUGGGAUUCAUGAGAUAGGGGUUAUCCAUGCACAGUAAGAAGGUUUACUGAAAGCACAGUUUCUAAGUAUAAGUUCUGCCGUGAUACUUAUCGUUUGCGUUUAAUACCCCCUGCUACUGCUACAAUUUAUUGUUGUGACUUGAAUGAGAUAAGUUGAAUAAGUCACCUAUUUUGGGGCCAGGUUUGAUACUUUUGAGCCUAUCCUCUGAUCAUCCAUGUAAUUAUGCGGAGCUGUAAGCUAUCGGCCUACUCUGCUGCGACUUCAUUUAAUUCAUAUUUAUGAAUGGGUUAUCCAAAACCUUUCUCCUGAGUGAAGGGUUGUUCACGGGUUGCUGCUGUUUCGUGGGUUCCGUAAAUGAGAUGUUUUUUGUGUUGGGUUAGUAUUUAAGUGCCUUAACCUUGACCUUAAUGCUAUUACGUUGCACCACAGGCUUCCUAGAGUGGUUGUGAAUGCUGUGACUGUCCUUCUCUUGCUCUCUCAACCCCUCAAAACCACCCCGCUACGUCCUCACAGUGUUCAUCUCGACUGCUGUAUGCAAACACAACCCUGGAUCAUACAACGUGCGCACAUGUAUUUGGAACACUUGCAAUUUAUGAAUAGCCUCUAUCAGUAUUGUAUCUGUUUGAUAUUGUAAAAAUGUAAAAAUUGUGAGGCAUUGUUCUGGCCCGAACAUUACAUUGGUUUGUAAUUGCAACGAUUAUGUCGAUGGCACAUGGCCUCAGAAGUCAGAAAGAUCGGUUGAAAAGCUAUGGUCUGUAAGCAAGUUUUUAAUUAAUUAAAGAGUAUUAAUUAGAUCUGUGUUCAUGAUGUGGUGCAGAUCUUGAACGGGGAGAUAUGUAUUUUGGGCCUCAUUCAGAAUGUCCCCAAUUAUAUUCCUUCAUAGGCCUUUACUAGGAAGAAAUGCGUUUACUGACAAUCCUAUUAAAAGCCAGAGGUCAAAGGCACUUUGUGGGACAUGUGAGAAGGGAAGAUAUUGACUGUGCGAAAACGGUCUUCUUUCCACAGAUGCUUUGGUUUGAUUUAUUUAGAGUGGAUUGUGUCAGGCGUUGAAGAAAGGGUUUUUAUUCAGUUUGUUUAUAUGUGCACUGUGCUGUCCCUUGUUCAAGUAUGUGUUUUUGUUUCUUUUAAAAUACAGUUAAUGCAAAUGUUAAUAAAAAUGACUGAAGGAGAA